CAAUCCAAAUCCAAAUCCCAAUCAAUUGAAAAUUCUCCUCCAAUCAUUUCAUUCUUUUACAUCCUUCCAGCAUUUCUUGCACAAUUACCUCACCCAGAUUCCUACUGUGAAAAGUGGAAGGGGUAUCCAACAAGGUGUUUUGCUUCACCUUUUUGAUUCACAACAUCCAAACCCACAUCACCAAGCACCAAUAAACAGUCAUAUAAACUGGGGAGGAUCAGGUAUUUUAAUUAAUAUCUAUCUACCCAUCCGAUCUAACCUGGUAUUUUCUCCCAGUUUUUUAUUCCCUACACGGAAAAGACGGCUUAUUCAGCUAUCAAGGUGCUCACCAUCGCUCAUCGAGGAAAGACUUUUGUACUUGUUAGUCGAUCAGGAUUUCAUAUUUUGAAACUUUGAUUGCUCCUCUUUAAAUCCACACCACACAAGACUUUUCCGUCACUUAAGCUUUUUUCUUCUUUUUUAUCCACGUUGUUGUGUCCGUCGAUCUUGGAUCUUGGAUCUUGGAUCUUAGCUAUCACAUCAUAUCAACCGGUGCUGAUAAUCUAUCAAGCCUCCUCUUUUCAAGUACAAUCACAACUCAACGCGACAAACCUCUCCCAUCGGUUUCUCUCAUCUUCAAUCAACAGGAUGACUGACUUCAAUCCCAAGAUGGUUGAUUUGGACACGGUUGAUCCAACAGCUGUUAUCUGCUAUCUCGAACUUGGUGAAAAUGAGUAUAAUGGAAAAUUGGGCGCGUAGGUUGAUUCCUUCCUUUCCGUCACUCUCUUCACCAAGUCCUAACAAAGUUCUUCAUAGUCGUAUCUCUGCUCUUUUCGUUAUCUUGAUUGUCUCAUCGGCUGCUACCUUCUUUCCCGUCGUUGCUGCGAGAGUCAGAUGGCUUAAGAUCAAUAUCUAUGUUUACCUCUUUGCUCGUUACUUUGGUGCUGGGGUUAUCAUCGCAACUGCAUUCAUUCAGUAAGUGCUUCUUCUUCUCAACUCCCCCUCUGCUAAAGUGAUUCUAACGUUUCUUUUAGUUUGCUCGACCCAGCUUAUGGUGAAAUUGGUCCAAACACUUGUGUUGGGAUGACUGGUCACUGGGCAGAUUACAGCUGGCCACCCGCUCUUGUUUUACUUUCCGUUAUGUCAAUCUUCAUGAUGGACUUCGCUGCUGAGCAAUAUGUUGAGCGCAAAUAUGGUUUCGCACAUGGUCCAGCCAUUGAGGAUGUUGUCACCGACCAAUCUGCUCAUCACAACACUCUCACUCACAACCAACUUCACUCCGGUGAUCAAGAUCAGAACCUCUUCAACAGCAUCGCACAAGCUCAAGAAUCGAAGGACUGCCCAGCAUCCAACUCCUCCUCUAACGAGAAGGAUGUCGAGAAAGUUACCAUCUCCUCCGAAAUGUCUGAAGAACGUUCUUUCCGUCAACAGAUCUCUGCUUUCUUAAUCCUUGAGUUUGGUGUCAUCUUUCACUCCGUCAUCAUCGGUCUUAACCUUGGUACUGCUGGCGAUGAAUUUACCACUCUCUAUCCCGUCCUCGUCUUCCAUCAAUCAUUCGAAGGUCUCGGUAUCGGUGCUCGUAUGUCUGCUAUUCCGUUCCCAAAACGUUUCUCUUGGCUUCCAUGGUUACUUUGCACUGGGUAUGGUCUUACCACCCCAAUCGCUAUUGCCGUUGGUCUUGGCCUUCGCACAACUUACAACUCCGGUUCAUUCACUGCUAGUGUUAUCUCCGGUGUUCUAGACUCUAUCUCUGCCGGUAUUUUGAUUUAUACUGGUUUGGUCGAGUUAUUAGCUCGUGAUUUCUUGUUCAACCCAGAUUUGACUCAUGAUAAGAAGAGACUUACAUUUAUGAUCUGUUGUGUCUUACUCGGAACAGCCGUUAUGGCUCUUCUUGGUAAAUGGGCUUAAUCACUUUGAUCUUUUAAUGGUUUUUCUGAUGGACAUGGUUUCUUAUACUGGUGAUGGAUAGUUUAUCUAGAUGAUGGUUUUCAUAUACCCAAAUGAUUUUUUUUUCGUAUACCCCUUGGGGUAUUAAUUGAUGGAAUAUCAAUGGAGUUGCAAAUGCGCAAUUGACUUGGGUGGAAUAAUUGAUUCGAUGGAGAUGAUGGAGAUGUUUUUUAGAUGAGGUUUACAUAAUCUCGCUGAACUUGCAUAUUCCUGCUUUCUUCUUUCUUCCUUUCUCUAAUGGACUUUGCCUGUUUCCCUUUUACUUUUACCUUAGUUCGGCAUUCGUUUGAUGAUUUCAUGAUUCCAUGAUCGAUGAUUCAUUAAAUGAUUUGAAUGAAUGAACUUUUAGAUAAUAGAGCUUAUAUUUUUGCUUGGAUUGUAGUUUUGAUGCUGUAUUGUGAUGCGUGAAGAUGUGAUAUGAUGGGUUAGAA